AUGUUUAAAUACAUCCAAGGUAUUGUUUUAUCAGUCAAAGCUUGUCAUGAUCGAAACAUUGCGCAUUGUGAUAUAAAACCAAGCAAUUUCAUGCUUGAUCAAUAUGGACGAGUAAAGGUGGGCAACUUUGGUCUUGCGACUUUGUUAUUAGUUGAUGAUGAGAACAAAAAAAUAAAAGGCACAAGAUAUUUCAUGGCUCCAGAAGUUAUAACUCAAAAAGAAUACGACCUCAUGAAGGCGGAUAUAUGGGCUAUUGGCGUUACAUUAUAUUAUCUUACAACUCUUACUUAUCCAUUUUAUGCAACGGAUCAAGAUUCUUUGUUUUCAUUAAUUAUAAAAGGUAAUUACCGUAUUGAUCGUGUUCCGGAUUCAAUGCUCCGUCAAGUGAUACUAAAAUGCCUUGAAACAAAUCCAAAUGACCGACCAACAGUUGACCAGUUAAUUGAGAUGCCAUACUUUAAACGUGGAUCAACACCGUCAGAAAAAGUUCUCAGUCAAGCUGCAUCAAAGAUUAUCAAACCGCGUGUGUCAUCUAGGAAACCAAAGCAUUAUAGAUCUGGGGUUUUCUCCCCAUCAGAAAAUCAAAGAGUUGUGUCAUAUCUUGAAAUGCUUAAGUCAAAUGAUAACCUUAUUGUUUAA